UUGCAGUGCUUUUCCCAGAGUAACGAAAGACCGGUUCAAGUUGAACCACUGCAACACGCAAGCGUGGUGCGCGGUGUGAGACAAAAAUAUAAUAAUUCAAUGCAUCUCGUGAGCGGAAAUGAGACGGAUAUAAUCAGUUGCAUUCUUCUAUCGCGUGUCUUGCAUUAUUUGCUUUCAAGGAAAAGUGGUAUGAGGGCUUUAUCUCUCGGGACCGCUGAUGUCUUGGUAGCACAGUCAGCUUUGACGCAUGUCACUGCGUUUAUGGGCGUGUUUAAAUCAGACAACACACACGUCUGUGUUGGCUGCCACGUGUCAGAAGGGUUGAACAUGUGGGCUACAUGUACCAGGGGAGCAUCGCCGCACUGGAGGUCGAAUGUCACACAUGACCCGCCCGAGUAUGAUCCCCACACUCGUAGGGUGUUGUUAUAUAUGUGUGUGUGCUAUCCUUCCACAAAACUGUAUGUAACUGGAGUUGUAUUUUCGCACACAUUUAAGGACAAAUACGACAACUGUAGAAAAUACCAGGAACGCAAAGAAUACGAGGAGUUUAAUAAGGGCCUCGCAAGGGCCGGUCACAGCUACUUCAAGGUUUGUACGCACGAGGCGUGGUCUCAUCGACCAAUGGGGAGAGACCAACUUACGCAAGAUACGCAUCAAGGUCCCGUGCCCUAA